CAAUCCAAUAAUAACAGUAAUAACAUUUUUUGCCGGCGUCCUGCAAGUUUGCUCGAAAUUUUUUGAGUAUAAUGACAAGAGGAUUCUUGGCCAAAAGAGGGAUUGAAAUUAAGGGAACGAAUUAGAAGCAAGUAAAGGAGAGAAGAAGAAGAAGAAGAAGAAGAAGACAUCGAUCAUGGAAUGGAGGAAGUCCUACUUGGAUGUCAUACUGGUUCCACUAGGCUUCUCAAUAACCAUCGCUUAUCACGUUUGGUUAUGGCAUAAAGUCCGAACUCAACCUCUCACCACCACUCUUGGUACUAAUUCUAGAGGCAGGAGUUACUGGGUUGCUGCAAUGAUGAAGGACAAUGACAAGAAAAACAUCUUGGCCGUUCAAACGAUAAGAAACAUGAUAAUGGGAUCAACUCUAAUGGCAACAACAUCGAUACUCCUUUGCACGGGUCUUGCAGCAGUUAUAAGUAGCACAUAUUCUGUGAAAAAGCCACUAAAUGAUGCGGUUUAUGGGGGUCACGGAGAAUUUAUGCUGGCAUUAAAAUAUGUGUCUCUUCUCACAAUCUUCCUAUUCUCAUUUUUUUGCCACUCAUUGUCCAUUAGGUUUGUAAACCAAGUGAACAUCCUCAUUAACACUCCACCAGACCCAUCGGGCAUAGUGACUCCAGAGUAUGUGAGUGAACUACUAGAGAAAGGUUUUCUUUUAAACACUGUUGGAAACAGACUUUUCUAUGCAGCAUUACCUCUUCUUCUUUGGAUCUUUGGACCAGUCUUAGUCUUCUUGUGUUCUUUAACAAUGGUCCCGGUGCUUUACAAUCUUGACUUUCUUUUGGUGAGUCGAAAAGGAAAGCAUGCUGUCAAUGGAUCAGAUAGGGAUUUUGAAUGUGUGUAAUCAUGUACAUAUAUAUAUCGAUGUAUAAUCACAUGAACUUCUAGUGCAUGUUCAUGUAUGCAUGAAUGCUUUCUAUAUAUAAAUAUAU